AUGCCUCAAUCCGAGCAUUGGCCAUUCAAUAAAGCUGUGGAAAGCAGCGAUGCUAGUAGCGAGCCUUCUUUACUGCAAAAACAGGUCGGUGUAAUGGAGGAUGAAGUCAAAGAAAUGCAGACGGAGCUGGCCGCUAUGAAAAGAGAGAGAUUACAUAUGAAUAACCGAAAGCAUGCUAGUGGAAUAGAUUCUGCCAAAGAUAAGGAUAUCGCUAUGUAUGAAGGUUCGUGGAAGUCUCACGGCGAAAUAGACUUUAUAUCAGAGCCUCAAAGGUCAAAAUUACGGGAAGAUUUAAUAAGAGCUAAGAAUGCAGCUGACGAAGAAAGAUUUCAGCGAGAAAAAGUUGAGAGGAAACUUAAAGAUUUGGAAUUGAAGCUAAAUAGUAUAUGCACUCAAGAAACUGUUGAUGUGAGAAAUGAAUCGAGGAAAUUUUCGAACGAAGAAUUGACGGCUCUGAAGAAACAACUACGCGAUAUGAAGGAAGAAACCGAAGAGUUGAAAAUGACGCUCAGCGAGAAGAUUGAAGAGUCACAAGAGUAUCGGCUUAAAUAUCUUCAAGCUCAGCAACAAGUUGAGGAGAUGAAACGACAAAUUGAUUUAAUCGAAUUUGAUAAUAAGCAAGUUUCAGAUCAAAUACAAAUUGAAAUACAGAAGAUGAAGAUGCAAUUUCAAGAAAAAUUACAAGAAUUAGCUCCCCUACCCGAUUUGCUAAAAGGCGCUCAAAUUCAGCUCCAAGAAGCGAAACAGCUCCAGAAGUUAGCAGAAGAUAGCUCGGAACAGCUUUCAAACGAGCUACACAGGGUAAAAGAAAAGCUUGUCAUAGCAGUGAAUAAUUUCAAUCUCGAAAAAGCAGAUAGAAUAAAAAUGAUUGAAAAUAACAAAGCAUUGAGAAUCGAAAUAGAACAAAAGCAAAGAGAAAUUGAUGAGUUAUCUAAAACGAUAGAUGAUUAUAAAUGCACCAUACUCCGCUUAGAAGAAAAACUCUCGCAACUGGAAACGAGAUACAAAGAAAAAGCUACAGAAUGUUCCCAAUUACUCAAAGAUUUAGACGAACUGAGAACAGAGAGUAGCAGGUCGUUGACAAGGAGUAAAGAAAGGUCUGACUCUAUGAGAAGGUACAUGCAGACGCAGGUGUCGGAGCUGGAGAGGCAGCUCAUACAAAGCAGGGCGCAGUGCAGGACAUGUCAGAAAGAAAGAGACGAUAUCCGUCAACGUAUGCAAAUGCAGAUUAAUAACCUGCAAGAGAAUUUUGAAGUCGUCGAAAUAAGACUGCGAGCCCUUCAGAACCAAGUGACUGGCUUGAAGAACACCUACGCCAUAUUUUUGGCUGAUGAAGACGAUAAUUAUGACGUCACAAAAAUAAUACCGUAAUACAACUAAGACUUGGAUUUUGAUUGCAUCGUUCAUGUAUUAUUGUGUUUAAAAUAAUAUUGUUUGAGAAAGAAA